GCCGGGCGCAGACCGGGCGGGGCUGGCGGACAGUGAUGAGCGGGCGCGCGGGGAGGCUGCACGCCGCUGCCGCCGCCGCCGCCUGGAGCAUCAGCCGCCUGAGCUGCUGCUCGCCGCCGGGGCCCCGGCCAUGGAGACGCUGAACGGCCCCGCGGGCGGCGGCGCCCCAGACGCUAAGCCGCAGCCGCCCAGCCAGCACCACCGCCACCACCACCUCCACCCGCUGGCCGAGCGGAGGCGGCUGCACCGCGCGCCCUCGCCUGCCAGACCCUUUCUCAAGGACCUGCACGGGCGGCCUGCGGCCCCCAGCCCGGUCGCCCCCUCUUCGGGCCGAGCCCCGGCGCCCGCCGCCCCGCGCUCGCCCAGCCUCGCGGGUAAGGCGCCGCCCUCGCCGGGGCCCCUGGCCGCGCCCGGCCGCCUCUCCCGGCGCAGCGGCGGCGCCCCUAGCGCGAAGGACAAGCCGCCGCCGGGCGCUGGGGCCAGGGCAGCGGGCGGCGCCAAGGCCGCUCCGGGCCCCAGGAGGGCGGCGCGCGCGGUGCCCGCCGAGCCGCUGCCCCGGGUAGGGAAGCCGCCGCCCGGGGCCGAGCCGCCGUCCGCCGCUGCCAAGAGCCGAAAAGCCAAACGCGGCUCCGGGGCGGCUCCCGCCCGCACCACCGGGCCCCUGGUCCCCGCCGUCCCGGUCCCGGCCGUGAUCCUCGCCGUGACCUCCGUGGCCGGCUCGCCGGCCCCCGGCUCGCGCAUCAGCCACACCGACAGCAGCUCCGACCUCUCCGACUGCCCCUCCGACCCCCUGUCAGACGAGCAGCGCCUACUCCCCGCCGCCAGCAGCGACGCCGAGUCCGGCACAGGCUCCAGCGACCGGGAACCCCUGCGAGGAGCUCCCGCAACAAGCCGCGCAGCUCGGGGGGCGCCGCCGGGCAGCCCCGAGCCCCCUGCCCUUCUCGCCGCGCCCACCGCCGCCAGCGCCUGCCUUGCGGGACGGAGCAGCCCGAGUGGGGUCCUUGUGGAGGAUGCCGGGGGGCGCGCGCUGCUGGAGCGAAUGGUCCCCGGGACCCCCAAGGAACGCGGCCAGGGCGAGCAGCCCCGGCUGGUGCAGGCGGCGGAGGAGGAGGAGCUGCUGCGGGAGAUGGAGGAGCUGCGCUCGGAGAACGACUAUCUCAAGGAUGAGUUGGAUGAACUCCGUGCUGAAAUGGAAGAGAUGAGGGACAGUUACUUGGAAGAAGAUGUUUACCAGCUGCAGGAGCUGCGGCGGGAGUUGGACCGUGCCAAUAAAAACUGCCGAAUCCUGCAGUACCGCCUCAGGAAGGCCGAGCAGAAGAGUCUGAAAGUGGCUGAGACUGGGCAGGUGGAUGGCGAGCUCAUCCGAAGUCUGGAGCAGGACUUAAAGGUCGCCAAAGAUGUGUCCGUCAGACUGCACCAUGAGCUUGAAACUGUGGAGGAAAAGAGAGCGAAAGUGGAAGAUGAGAAUGAAACUCUCCGACAGCAGAUGAUUGAAGUGGAAAUCUCCAAACAGGCCCUUCAGAACGAGCUGGAGAGGCUGAAGGAGAGUUCCCUGAAGAGAAGAGGUAGCCGGGAAACAUACAAAGAAAAGAAGGCCUUCACCCAGAGCGGUGGAUCGGAGCGCCUUGGGAACUGCAGGUCUGCAACCAAAACUCAAAGGAAACUGGCGCCCCGGCGCAAGGAUGACAGUGCCGACCUGAAAUGCCAGCUCCAGUUUGCCAAGGAGGAGGGCUCGCUGAUGCUCAGAAAGAUGGCUAGGCUGGGACGGGAGAAGGACGGGCUGGAGCAGGAGCUGCAGAGGUACAAGGCCCUCUACGGGGAGGUGGACAGCCCCCUCCCCACAGGGGAGGCCGGUGGGCCACCCAGCACCCGGGAGGCGGAGCUGAAGCUGCGGCUGAAGCUGGUGGAGGAGGAGGCCAACAUCUUGGGCCGCAAGAUCGUGGAGCUGGAGGUGGAGAACCGGGGCCUCAAAGCGGAGAUGGAAGACCUGCGGGGCCAGCACGAGCGUGAGGCUGUGGGCCGGGACCCCCUCCCCGGCCUUCCUACCUCCCCCUUCAGUGACUCCCUGGAGUCUUGCACUGAGCUGCGCAGACACCUGCAGUUCGUGGAGGAGGAGGCGGAACUGCUGCGGAGGUCCAUCUCCGAGAUCGAGGACCACAACCGGCAGCUGACGCACGAGCUGAGCAAGUUCAAGUUCGACCCGCGGCCAGAGCCUGGCUGGCUGGCUGAGGGCGCCAGGGGGGUGCCCCUGCAGGACGAGCUGCAGGCGGCGCGGCUGCAGAUCAGUGAGCUGAGCGGGAAGGUGCUGACGCUGCAGCAUGAGAACCGUGUGCUGCUGUCCGCCCAGCGUUGCGCCCCAAGCCCCCGUGACAGCGAUGCUGACAGCGAUGCGGGCAAGAAGGAGAGCGAUGGGGAGGAUGGCCGGCCACCUCAGCCCCGGCGGGAGGGCCCCAUUGGCGGUGAGAGCGACUCGGAGGAGACCUUUGAGAAAACAUCGGGCUUCAGCAGUGGGAAGCCAUCGGAGGCUGGUGAGUGCCCGGCAGAGCUGCUGAGGGCCCGGGAGGACUCAGAGCGCCUGGCGAGCAUCAGGCAUGAGGCCGAGCGGCUGGAGCGGACGGUGGAGCGCAUCAUCGCCGACACCGAUGGCUUCGAGGACACGGCGCUGCAGGGCAGCGAGACCUCGCCCGGGGCCGGGGAGAGGGGAGCGGGGGCGGACAAGGCGCCCCAGCUGCUGGGGACCCUGAACACGAGGAUGAAGGCUUUCAGGACAGAGCUCCAGGCCUUCCUGGAGCAGGUGGAACGGCUGGGGGAUGGCCUGAGGGAGCGGCUGGAGGGCCUGUCCCCACUGCCCCACCUCACUGAGUCGUCCAGCUUCCUGUCCACUGUGACCUCCGUAUCCCGGGACUCCCCAGUCGGGAACCUGGGGAAGGAGCUGGGCCCGGACCUGCAGUCCAAACUGAGAGAUCAGAUGGAGUGGCAGGAACGAGGGGAGGAGCGAGGGCGCCCGCAUCUCCGAGCUGCACGGGAGCUGCACCGCCGAGCUGACGGGGACGCUGGGAGCUGCCGGCCUGGAGCCCAGAGCUGCUUCAACCUGGAGAUGGCAGAGGAGCACCUCUGUGCCCUGAGGUGGAGGGAGCGAGAGAUGCAGGAGCGAACCUGGGCCGACGAGAGGCCUCUGGUGCAGCAGGAGCUGCGGGCCCUGAAGCAGCAUGUCUUCCUCUUCUACAUCAAGCUCCGGUGGCUGCUGAGACGCUGGCGGCAGGGGAAGCAGCUGGAGGAGGAGGCGGACGACUCCACCGAGUUUCAGAGCGAGCUUCCAGAGACCUUUCCCAGGCUCGGGGAGCUUGGGGUCCAGGGGGACCCCAAGCUGGAUGGUCCAAACCAAGAUGAUGACGGGCCAGGCUGUGGCUUCUCGCUGGGGGAGCAGAUUGCUGAGCAUGGAUCAUGGCUGCAGCCCACAGACGGGGGACAGCCACACAGGCAGAUGGCGGAGAACCAGCCGCUGUUCUGUGCGCUCAAGGCGCUGCUGGAGGACCUGCGUUCAGAGCUGCGGGAGGACGUGCGUGCACGGCGGCGGCUGCAGCAGCAAUACGCCGGCGACAAGGCUGCCUGGGACGUGGAGUGGGCUGCGCUCACGUGCCGCCUGGAGCAGCUGGAAGCAAAGACGGAGAAGAGCUUGGGAGACAUGGGCUCCAAUGCCGACAGCAAAGGGGCGUUCAGGAAGGAGAGGGAGGCACACCAGAAGCUCCUGGCGGAUAGUCACGGGCUGGUCAUGGACCUGCGCUGGCAGAUCCACCACAAUGAGAAGAACUGGAACCGGGAGAAGGUGGAGCUCCUGGACCGCCUAGACCGGGAGCGGCGGGAGUGGGGGCGGCAGGAGAAGGAACUGCUGUGGAGGAUCGAACAGCUGCAGAAAGAACACAGUCCCCGGAGAGGUGGCAGCUUCCUCCGUGAUCAAAACGAAGGUGACGACCACUCCUGUGCCCACGUAGGGAUGUGGCCAUGCUCGGAUGCCGACUCCACUGCCUUUGAGGACCGGCCGCUGUCCAAGCUGAAGGAGUCCGACAGGUGCUCGGCCCGGGAGAACCUCUACUUGGAUGCCCUGUCUCUGGAUGAUGAGCCUGAGGAGCCCCUGGCCCAUGGGCCACAGAGGGAGUUCAGGAACUGCUUCCCUGAGGAAGGAGAAAAUCACAAGGGAAAUCUUCAAAGGGCUGUGUCUGUGUCGUCCAUGUCAGAGUUCCAGCGCCUGAUGGAUGGCUCACCCUUCCUGCCAGAGAAGGGCCUGCCAGCCGCCAGCAACAAGGAGGAUAUCACCCCACCCCUCUCCCCUGACGACCUCAAGUACAUCGAGGAGUUCAACACCAAGAGCUGGGACGAUGGGCCCCCAGACCCCUGGGCGGACAGGACUGAGGGGGUGCGAGAGGGGCCCGAGUUCGGUGCCGAGCCUUUCCCUGAAUCUUCUUGGUACCUCACCACGAGCGUCACCCUGACCACGGACACCAUGACCAGCCCGGAGCACUGCCAGAAGCAGCCCCUGAGGAGCCUGGUCUGCACCGAGCAGGCCGGGAUGAGGGUGCUGCACAGCCCACCUGCCGUGCGCAGGCUGGAUGGGAUCAUGGUGGCAGGUGGCGAGGGCAGGGUCCGUGGGGGCCCAGGGGACACCAAGGGGGGCCUCUCAGAACAAGUGCUUAGCAGGUGGCCUUGUGCCACCUCCAGGCACCCCCGGGACUACACGGAGGGGGGGCUUCAGCCCCUUGACAGUGCCCUGGGCAACCCCCUAGGUUUCUCCUCCUCUCUGCACAGCCUGGAGAUGUCCAAGAACAUGAGUGACGACAUGAAGGAGGUGGCCUUCUCCGUCAGGAACACCAUCUGCUCUGGCCCAGGUGAGCCUCCAGUCAAGGACAUAGCCUGUCAGACCAACGGGUCCCGGACGACGGGGACACAGACUGUUCAGACCAUCAGCAUUGGCCUGCAGACCGAGGCCCUGCGGGGCAGCGCCAUCACCAGCAGCCCCCACAAGUGUCUCACGCCCAAGGCAGGCAGUGGUGCCACCCCCGCAUCCUCUCCAUCGCGCGGCCUCAGGAGCAGGCAGGUGGCCCCAGCCAUCGAGAAGGUGCAGGCCAAGUUUGAACGCACGUGCUGCUCCCCCAAGUAUGGGUCUCCCAAGCUGCAGAGGAAGCCCCUCCCUAAAGCUGAGCAGCCAAAUAGGACUUCCCCAGGGCUGGGGCAGAAGGGGUGCAGUGAGUCAGCCUGGGCCCGCUCCACCACCACGCGGGAGAGCCCUGUGCACACCGCCAUCAACGAUGGCCUCUCCAGCCUCUUCAACAUCAUCGACCACAGCCCUGUGGUGCAGGACCCCUUCCAGAAGGGGCUGCGGGCUGCCAGUCGGUCUCGCUCGGCAGAGCCCCGGCCAGAGCUGGGCCCAGGCCAGGAAACCAGCCCCAGCUCUCGGGGACGGUCACCCAGCCCCAUUGGGGGCAGCUCUGAGACAUGCAGGGAGGAAGGGGGCGAGAGCACGCCUGUGAGGCAGGACCUGUCUGCUCCCCCCGGCUAUACACUCACUGAGAACGUCGCCCGGAUCCUCAACAGGAAGCUGUUGGAACACGCCUUAAAGGAGGAGCGGAGGCAGGCUGCCCACGGCGCCCCCAGUCUCAGCGGAGACAGCCAUGGGGCAGAAGCGGUCAGAGCCGAGCCAGUGUCCAUCGAGGAACUACCUUGUUCUGCACUAGCUCCAUCCCUAGAACCCUGCUUCUCCAGGCCCGAGAGACCAGCAAACCGUCGCCCUCCGUCCCGUUGGGCCCCACAUUCCCCCACUGCCUCACCAGUUCCGUCACCCGGGGACCCGACCUCCUUGGAGGAGCUAGGCGAUGAGGAGCCACCCGGGGAGAAGCCACACCUGUGAUGCAGGUUCUCAUGGAUGAUCCGGAAUAAUUCACUGUAAUUUGCAACACCAUGCCGUCAUCAACCGAACUCUGCCCCCAAAAGGAGAGAUCUGGUUUUCUCAAGGUCAAAGAAUGUUUUUUUUAAAAAAUUACACAGCUGCUGAAUGUUCAACCUGUGAACCUGAGAUGUUUCUAGAAUGAAACAGUCAAUGUGCCUGUAAGAACUUAAUUUUUUUCAUAGCUCAGAAAACUAUUUUUGUCUCCAUCUUUUUUUACACACAGUAUAUUAAAGGUAAAUAAGAUUAAAUAAAUUUAAAAAAGGAGUAAGUUUUAAAGAUGUACAUUUUACGAGAUUCUGAAUACCCUCACUCUCGGUACCGACUGCCUGUCUGUUAAAUUUGCACUGUUAACAUUCUGGUUUGGUUUAUUUCCACAUUGAAUUAGAGUGUUUUAAGUUAAUUUCAUUUUGUCAAUUGUUCUUGUUUAAGAAUUUCUGAAAUGCUUCAGACUGUCUUGAUUCAGUGGACUUUUUGUAAUGAAAAAACCGUCUGACACCGGCAGACAGGGAAGAUCUCCUGUAGCCUGAAGGAUGGAAGGCAGCAUCCUGGAAGAGGCACCGAGGCCUCUGCUGGGCUCCCACACUCGCUGUGCAAUCCACAUGUUCUCUGCCUGCACGUCUUGGGGCUCAAAGCACGGGGUGCAUGUACAUACCGCCACAGGGUCCCCCCACCGCCACCGUGAGUCCUGUCCCACGUGACACGCCGUCAGCUCCCUUCUACUGCACUGUCACUGUUAUCCUCGUGCACCAAUGAUACAACAGCAAGGCAUUUUUUUACUUAUUGUUAAAAGAUUAACUGGCAUUAUACAGUGUUUACUCAAAAUUUUUCUUGUUUAAGGAAAAACACUACAAAAAGUCAUGAGGAAGCCAAAUGGAAAGAGAGGGUGGUGCCUCAGAGUCUGUAUGAGACAAUGAUGAAGAAAUAAAGCCUUUCCAAGUCGGUGCCUGCAGGA